CGCAAAAAUGCCCGCCGCAAAGCCAGAAGAAAAGGGCGAGUCCUCCAAUGCCACAUCAAAGGCAGUGCUUGCAGCUUCCUCCAAUGGAUCGCCGAAUUAUGAGCUGCCAUGGGUGGAAAAGUAUCGCCCGGUGUUCUUGGACGAUGUCGUCGGCAACACAGAGACUAUUGAGCGGUUAAAGAUUAUAGCGAAGGAGGGAAACAUGCCCCAUGUCAUUAUAUCGGGCAUGCCCGGUAUUGGAAAGACGACCAGUGUUCUCUGCCUCGCCCGCCAGUUACUGGGAGAAUCAUACAAAGAAGCCGUCCUGGAACUCAAUGCCAGUGAUGAACGAGGUAUUGACGUCGUUCGUAACCGAAUCAAGGGCUUUGCGCAGAAGAAAGUUACCUUGCCUGCUGGCAGACACAAGCUGGUUAUUCUCGACGAAGCCGACAGCAUGACCUCUGGUGCCCAGCAAGCUCUCCGGAGAACCAUGGAGAUUUACUCCAAUACUACUAGAUUUGCGUUUGCAUGCAACCAGUCCAACAAGAUUAUCGAGCCGCUACAAUCACGAUGCGCAAUCCUUCGAUAUGCCAAGUUGACGGAUGAACAAGUCGUGAAGCGGCUGAUGCAGAUUAUCGAGGCGGAAAAGGUCGAAUACAGCGACGACGGCUUGGCCGCCUUGGUUUUCAGCGCAGAGGGAGAUAUGCGACAAGCCAUCAACAACCUGCAGUCAACAUGGGCUGGCUUCGGUUUCGUCUCUGGCGACAACGUCUUCAAGGUGGUCGAUUCACCGCACCCGAUCAAAGUGCAGGCCAUGCUGAAGGCUUGCUACGAGGGGAACGUCGAUUCAGCUCUGGACACCCUCCGGGAGCUGUGGGAUAAGGGGUACUCCAGCCACGACAUUAUCAGCACAAUGUUCAAGGUCACAAAGACGAUGCCGACGCUUAGCGAGCAUUCAAAGCUGGAAUUCAUCAAAGAGAUUGGCUUCACACACAUGAAGAUUCUAGAAGGCGUUCAGACACUACUUCAGCUGUCUGGAUGUGUCGCUCGUCUUUGCAAGCUCAAUAUGGACCCUAAGAGAUUUAAACCACUGUCAAAAUAGGAUAGAAGAUAAUAGCAUCAUUAACGGAAUACAGGUAGCGAAUGUGCUUUUUUUUCUCUUCC